AUGCGCUCUCUCACGGGCACUCUCACGCGCUCAAUCACGCGCUCUCUCACGCGCUCUAUCAAGGUGCACUCUCAGGCGCACUCUCCCGCGCGCUCUCUUGCGCUCUCUCUCCCGCACUCUCAUGCACAUUCUCUCUCUCACAUGCUUUCUCUCGCGCACUCUCAUGCACAUUCCCUCUCUCACACGCUCUCUCACGCGCACACUCACACGCUCCCUCACACGCUUUCUCACACGCUCUCACACACGCUCUCUCACGCGCACUCUCACGCGCUCUUUCACGCACAUUCUCUCUCUCACAAGCUCUCUCACGCGCACCCUGUCACGCUACCUCACACGCUCUCUCACGCGCUCUCACACGCGCUCUCUCACGCGCACUCUCACGCGCUUUCUGACGCGCUCUAUCAAGGUGCACUCUCAGGCGCACUUCACACGCUCUCUCUCGCGCUCUCUCUCCCGCACUCUAACGCACAUUCUCUCUCUCACACGAUCUCUCACGCGCACCCUGACACGCUCCCUCACACGCUCUCUCACGCGCUCUCACACGCACUCUCUCACGCACUCUCACACGCGCUCUCUCACGCGCACUCUCACCCGCUCUCUCACGCGCUCUCUUACGCUCUCUCACGCGCUCUCUCAUGCGCUCUAUCACGCGCCCUCUCAUGCGAUCCCUCACGCACUCCCUCACACGCUCUCUCAAGGUGCACUCUCAGGCACACUCUCACGCGCUCUCUCUCGCGCUCUCUCCUGCACUCUCACGCGCACUCUCACGCGCUCUCUCUCGCGCUCUCUCUCCCGCACUCUCAUGCGCAUUUUCUCUCUCACGUGCUUUCUCUCGCGCACUCUCACACACAUUCUCUCUCUCGCACGCUCUCUCACGCGCACCCUCACACGCUCCCUCACGCGCUCUCGCACGCACUCUCUCACGCGCACUCUCACACGCUCUAUCACGCGCUCUCUCACAAUCUCCCACGCUCUCUCACGCGCUCUAUCACGCGCCUUCUCAUGCGCUCCCUCACGCACACUCUCACGCACUCUCUCUCUCUCGCGCUCUCUUUUGCGCACUAUCACACGCAUUCUCUCUCUCACGCGCUCUCUCUCACGCACUAUCACACGCAUUCUCUCUCUCUCACGCUCUCGCACGCUCUCACACGCUCACAUGUGCUCUCUUAUCCGCUCUCUCACGCGCUCUCACGCGCUCUCUCACGCGCCCUCUCACGCGCUCCUUCACGCGCUCUCUCACACGCUCUCUCAUGCGCACACGCUCUCCCUCGCGCUCCAUCUCUUUCUUCUUUAAAUGAAAGACCGGGAACGCACCUGAUAACCACGGUGCCUGAGAAAACAAGUCGCGCUCGCGCACGACCUUCCCUCGCGCACCAAUUCGCGCUUGCGCUCGUGCACCUGUCGUCGGAGGCGACGGCGGAGAGGGAAGGAGAGGCGACGGCGGGGAGUGGGGAGAGGCGACCGCGGGGAGGAGGGAGAGGCGACGGCGAGGAGGAGGGAGAGGCGAAGGCGGGGAGGAGGGAGAGGCGACGGCGGGGACGAGGGAAAGGCGACUCGGCGGGGAGGAGUGAGAGGCGACGGCGGGGAGGAGUGAGAGGCGACGGCGGGGAGGUAAGGGAGAGGAGAUGGCGGGGAGGAGGGAGAGGCGACGGCGGGGAGGAGGGAAAGGCGACGGCGGGGAGGAGUGAGAGGCGACGGCGGGGAGUUACGCGCCCGCCCUCGUCACUAGCGCCUGCCCGGGAUAGAAUGCCUCCCCUCGUCAUGCGUUUCCAUUCGUCACCCGCGUUUCCUUUCGUCACCCGCGUUUCCCUUCGUCACGUGCGUUUCACUUCGUCACGCGCGUUUCCCUUCGGCACGCGCGUUACCCCUCGUCACGUGCGUUUCUCCUCGUCACGCGCGUUUCCCCUUCGUCUCGCGCGUUUCCCCUCGUCUCGCGCGUAUCGCUUCGUCGCGCACAUUUCCGCCACUCGCGCCCGCGCCUUCCCGUCACGCGCGCUUCCCCUCGUUGCGCGCUCUCCUCCCCUCGUCACGCGCGUUUCCCCUCGAUACGCGCUAUCCUCCCUGGUCUCGCGCGCUUCCCCUCGUGAAGGGUCGAGGGGGAAAGAUAGAAGGGGGAGGAUGGAGGGGGAGGAACAGAGGGGGGAGGGCAGAGAGUGGGAGACAAAGGGUGAGAGCGGGUUCUUCCCUCACUCCCUCUCCCCAUCGACCUCAAUUUUCCCGGAGUGUUUACACCCCUCUUUAUUUGACCGACCUCCCUUUCUCCCACCAGCUCUGUUUACCCCGCAAUCCCUUAUCCUUUGCCUCACCUGCUUCCCCCCUCCCUCCUCCCUGCUUCCCCCCUCUCUCCACCCUGCUUCCCCCCUCCCUCCGCCCUGCUUCCCCCCUCCCUCCUCCUUGCUUCUCCCCUCCCUCCUCCCUGCUUCCCCCUCCUUCCUCCCUGCUUCCCCCCUCCCUCCUCCCUACUUUCCCCCUCCCACCGCCCUGCUUCCCCCCUCCCUAUGCCCUGCUUCCCCCCUCCCUCUGCCAAGCUUCCCCCCUCCCUUCGCCCUGCUUCCCCCCUCCCUCCGCCAGGCUUCCCCCCUCCCUCUGCCCUGCUUCCCCCCUCCCUUCGCCCUGCUUCCCCCCUCCCUCUGCCCUGCUUCCCCCCUCCCUCUGCCCUGCUUCCCCCUCCCUAUGCCCUGCCUCCCCCCUCCCUCCGCCAGGCUUCCCCCCUCCCUUCGCCCUGCUUCCCCCCUCCCUCCGCCAGGCUUCCCCCCUCUCUUCGCCCUGCUUCCCCCCUCCCCUUGCCCUGCUUCCCCCCACCUUCGCCCUGCAUACCCCCACCCUCAUAGAGGUAAGAGGGGGGACGGACGCGCAACAAGGGGGCAGCUCAGCAGUCGCUUUAAGCAUCUGGUGAUGCUGACGAUGCCAACCAGGAUGCUGCCUACUUCUCACCACAGCAGGACGUGCAGGCCAACUCAUUUCCCCGUUCUUCUACGCCGCCUUUCUCCCCCACACACCACCAGCAUUUCCCCGUUCUUCUACGCCGCCUUUCUCCCCCACACACCACCAGCAUUCCCCCAACUUGUCCGCCUCCCCACAUACCCACCUCCAUCUUCCACACGCAUCACCCACCUUCGACCCCACAAACUGCUCUCAUUCCCCCCCACAGACCGCCCGCCGUGCAACCCAAAUAUAUCCCUCCUUCCACCCUCCAUCUACCCUCUACCCAUCUCUCGCGUUCUUCUCUUCUCUCCCUUUCUCCUACUCGCUUACUCCUCUCACUCGCUCUCCUUCCCACUGGAUGGGACAGAGGGGGAGAGACAGGAGUGGAGGGACAGAUGGGGGGAGGGACAGAGGGGGGAAGGGACAGAAGCGGAGGGACAGAGGGGGAGGGGCAGAGGGGAGGAAGGACAGAGGGUGAUGGACAAAGGGAGAUGGACAGGAGGGGAGGGAGAGAUGGGGAGGGAUAGAGGGGAAGAGGCGCGCCCCCUCCCUCCUCCCUGCUUCCCCCAUUCAUCCUCCCUGCUUGCCCCCUCCCUCCUACCUGCCUCCCCCCACCCUCCCCCAUGGUUUUCCCCCACCCUCAGAGUGGAGCACGACCGAGAAGCCUUGCAGAGGGACUGGCGCAAUGUGCGCGGCGUGAGUCUGUUGUGCUUCCUAGUGGACCAUCUCUUCCCUCCAUCGUUACCUAUCAACCUCAUGGAUUUGGCAUCUUACUCCACCUCCACACCCCCCCACACACCACCCGCCUUCCCCCCUCAUAUUCACCUCCACAGCCCCCCACACACCACCCGCCUUCCCCCGUCAUAG